CAUUACUAUUUCUUGUCAAGCCUUUACUCAGGUUGUAAUACCUAGAAGGAAACGUAACAGUCUAACACCAAUCGUAGGAGGAGUAAUUGCCGUAGGAUUGCUGAUAGCGAUAGCACUUGGAAUAAUUUCAUUUAUCGUUGCCAACAAGAAAUGCAUAUCAAAGAAAAGAGAUGAGGCGUCCAAUAAGAGUGUUAAUAAGCAGAACAGAAUUGAUAGAUACCCAUCUAUCAUAAAUGAAAAAGACGAGAGUAAAAUCCCAAUCUAUGCACAAAUUGAUGAUUCAUUGAAAACAAGAAACAGGUUUGAUCAAGGAGAUGAAAUACCCAUAUACGCCCAGGUGGAUAAAAGCAAGAAAAGGCGUCCCGGGCAAAUUAUUUAUACUGAACUGUAUGAUUUCAAAGUGAUUGAAGAACUACCAAACAUUGUUUUCCCACCGGAAUACAAAGACACAAAAUAUGCUGAAAUUCAAGGCCUAACAAGUCAAGAAAAUAAUGAGCCAAUCUAUGAAAGGAUAUAAAAAAGAGAUAGAAAAGGAGAAAAGGUAUAAAAUGGGAGGGAAAUAAACUAGAUAAAAAGAAAGAAGAGAUCGAGAAACCGUAGACAAUUUAGAAGAAUAAAUAAAUAAAUAAAUAAAAGAGCAAAAUAAAAGAAAACUACAAUAUAUUAGAAAUUUAUAUAACAAAUUAUAGUUGGAUUAGUACUUUUGAAGAAAAAAACAACAAAACAAAAAAGAAAUUACAAUUACAAUUACAAUUAGAAAAUAUAUCAACUACAAUUCGCAUACUAGGUUAGCAAAAUAAAUAGUGCAGUAAGAAACAUAUAUCGUGCAGGGAUACCUCUGAACUAGCUACAUGCAGGAGAUAAGUAAACCGCCAUUGAGUUUCUUGAUAAACAUGUAUGUAUAUUUGAAACGGCCAUAAUUUUUGUAAAUGGCUAUAUAUUAUAAUAUAUACAUAUAAGUUAAAACUUUAUACACAGCGCAAAACAUGUACAUUGUGAUCGUGAUCGAAGCUGCAAACAAACACCUCGCGCUGUCAAAGUAAAUACAUAGUGCUAUAGGUGAACCGCAUAAACACAUACUUAUUUUCUGGUUUUUGUGUGAGUGUUAUUAACCUAUGAGUGACAGUUUCCACAUUGCAGCUUUAUAGUUCAGUAAUCAAACUAUACUGGAAGGUAUUACUGUUCGCUAAAUUUAGCAAAAAAUAAUAAUAAUUGCUUUACUAUUAUUAAUAGUAGACAGUUCUGGUGGUCAAAAACGCAAUCGAAAUCGACAAUGUUCGCCGUUUCUUAUGUUCAGCGGUCGCGCGCUUUAAUCUAUUCGAAUUUACAAAAUGGCGGUGUUUUUGAAUCAGGAAGAGGUUAUGGCGGAAUUGUUAGAUAGUAGUAAUGAUAGUGAUAGAGUAGAUGAGAAACUGAAAGCCCAGGAAGGCAUAUCCGAAAAACUGAGGCGAUGUCUUGCUGGACUUUCAGUUCCAGAUACGGAAAGGAAGGAACGAUUUAUGGAAUCUGCUGUGGGAGAACUGGUCAUUUUGUGGGAGUUCAGUGCAAACGAUACGAGCGCCCGAUCUGUGCUGAACAGGCAAAUUCAUGCUGGAUCACUGAUCCAAAAUGAAGCAAAGCUAUGGCUGGAAGGCAUCCAUCGUCGUCUCAAUGGCCGUAGAUCCCUUCGAAGACCGUUUUUUGCAGAGAUUCACCGUUUUAUUCCACGGGAAUUCUUUGAUGUUAUAUCACGUGUCGUCAGAAUAUCUCAUGGCUUUGCUCCACCUUUUUGCUUUCAAAGCAAAAAUAAAAAAGCAGAGGUAUUUUCGUUGACGACCAUUCGUCUUGUGAAGGAGCUCUUCUGUCUCCUGACUGGCAUGUCUGGCCCUGAAGUCAUGAGUUUUUUUAAGAAAACAAUCGCAUCAGGCGUAAGAAGUGGACACAAAAUUUCGGUC